CCGGCGUCCGCGCGGGGGCCGCUGGGAGCGCGAGGAUGGUGGCCGGCGCCUUCCCGCUGGCCAAGCUGAUGUACUUGGGCGUCCGGCAGCUCUCCAAGCCCCUGGCCGCGCGCAUCAAGGCCGGGGCGCGCGCCAGCCCCUUCUUCCGCCAGUACAUCUGCGGGCCCCCCGCGCAGGUGUACCAUUGGAUCGAGAUGCGCACCAAGAUGCGGAUCAUGGGCUUCCGGGGAGCCGCCAUCAAGCCUUUGAAUGAGGAGGCAGCUGCGGAGCUGGGGGCAGAACUGCUGGGAGAAGCCAUCGUCUUUGGCGUGGGGGGGCUGUGCAUCUUCUUGGAGUACUCCCGCCAGACCGCCAACUCCAAGAAGAAAGAGGAGGAGCUGAACAGCACUCUGCUGGGCCUACAGGAGCAACUGGCCGAGCUCGCCCUGACUGUGGAAACCUUGGACACGCAAUUGCGCGAGGUCCACCGGGCACUCGUGGCCAUCCCGGCCUCUCCCAAGAAAUGAGUGGCCUGCAGUGGAAACGCUGCUUCCUGGAACUGUGAUCUCAUGGGGGGUGUAUCCCUCCCCCUCCCACCCAUGUGGUUCACCGAUGGUGCCAGUGAGAGCCCCAUUAUAUGCAGCAGAUUUGGGGUGCGGUAUCUGACACCCUGCCUCUCAGCUGCUGGGCUGCCUGACCUCUUCCUAAGAUGUAAAUAAUGAAUCAUUAAAAAAAAAGUGAGAGAGA